UUUUAAGGUAGAUCAGUAUGUUGUGUUUCAGAUGGUCACUGUGUGAUUGUAAGUCCUGUAGCAAGAGGGAAAGGAUGUCUGAUUUUUAUACUGAAACUAAUAUUAUAAGUAACAACAGAGAUUUAGCAAGGAAGUGACUGCCUUGAGUUAUCACACAAAGCCUAAUAUCUUAUUGCUUAUUUAAUAAAAAUAAGUAACAUUUAUUUCCUCUGCUGCUGGUAACAAUGCAUAUUUGGGUUUUGGUUAUUUAUAAUUAAUCUGCUUAUUCAAGUUUUUACCUUUUAGCACUUGAUAGUGUCUGAAAUUUGAUAAGAAUAAAAGUAGGCUGUUUUAAUAUGGCUGUUAAAUGAUGUUUAAAUUGGCUUGGUUUGUCCAAAUUGACCUAGAGCUCAGGUAAAUUAUGAUGAGUCUGUUGCAAUUAAUAGCUCACAGAAAUACUUAGUGUUAAUUGUAAAUUAAGAUUUGCUCAUUGUUGCUACUUUUUGUAUUGAAGGGGGCCUGUUAUGCUAAUUUUCACUGUUCACUAUUUUUGGGGUCUGCUAGAAUAGAUUCUAAUGCUACAAUAUUAGAGCUUUAAGCCCCACCCCCGAUGAGUCCAUUGUGCUCUUAUUGGUCAUCUUGCCUUACGCGUCAUGCCCUUGCAGUCUGCAGACAGGUCCUUUCAGGUGCUACAGUCUGUGUGAAUGAGGGGAGAAUGCAAACUAUAAAGUGUGUGGUGGUGGGAGAUGGUGCGGUUGGCAAGACCUGCCUCCUGAUCUCCUACACGACCAACGCCUUCCCGGAGGAGUACAUCCCCACCGUGUUCGACAAUUACAGUGCUCAGAUGAGCGUGGACGGCCGUACGGUCAGCCUCAACUUGUGGGACACGGCGGGCCAGGAGGAGUACGAUCGUCUGCGCACGCUCUCCUACCCUCAGACCAACGUCUUCAUCAUCUGCUUCUCCAUCGGCAGCCCGUCAUCGCAUGCCAAUGUGCGGCACAAGUGGCACCCGGAGGUGUCGCACCACUGCCCUGGUGUGCCCAUCCUGCUGGUGGGCACCAAGAAAGAUCUGCGCACUGACGGCGACACGGUGAAGAAACUGAGGGAGCAGGGCCUGGCAGCUACCACCGGCCAGCAGGGCAGCUCGCUGGCAAAGCAGAUUGGCGCCAUUAAGUACCUGGAGUGUUCGGCGCUGCUGCAGGAAGGCGUGCGGGAGGUGUUCAUGGAAGCUGUGCGUGCUGUGCUCUAUCCCUCCAACAAGAAGAAUGCCAAGAAGUGUGUGCUUUUGUAGUGUCAGUGGGGAGGAAGAGCUCCAGAGAAGAGCUCCAGAAUGAGGACAGCACAGGCUUCCAAGCUCCUACCCAUAUUUUUUAUUUUUGUUCCCAGUUUUCUUGAACAUCCUUGUUUGACUUCAACUGAUGCCAAAGUGAAAUUGAAAACAUCCCCCAUCUCAGUUCGUGGAGUUCGGUUCCUUUUUUUUCUUUUUUUAAAGCUUCUGCCAACAGAUUAUCUCUCUUAAAUGCAUCUUUAUUUUUACUGUUUCAUGUCUUUUAGCUUUUGGCUUUUUAAGCAUGGUGGUCUUAUCAGAGGAGGGAGACGGAUGAAUUUUUUUACAGAGAAGUAACGCUGCAGCAAAGAUGCCAAAAAAGGAUUUCCUCCAUUAAGAGCGUGUUGCCGCUCCAACCCACGCCUUUGGCCCACAGACUGCAGCAUAGCUUGGGCCGAGGGAGCAGAGGGGCCCCUCACAAACACUGAUUUUAAUGGACCUGCGCUAUCCUGUUAAUUAUGUGCCAUAGAAGAACAUGUUCAUUGUCACCACUUAACACUCCUCCCAGUUUGGAUCAGUGGUCCAACUCUUCUUGUCUGCAGGAAUCCAAAAAUCAGCCCAGCCUAAAUUAGUUCUGAUUGGUCUCUUUCCCAUUGUGCUACUGUCUCAGCAAAAGGUGAUCACAAGCUGUAGACUUUCUGAUUUGACGUAGCUAACGAUGUGCAUGUUAUGGCAUUGGAUUUCUUUUUACGUCCUCCGGUUAACAUUUCAAUUGAUAAAGUCUUUCCAAAAUUUUAUAUUGACUCAUGGACGUUGGACAAGGACUUUGUGUAUGACUGCCUUUGAAUCAGUACUGCCUAGUUCAAAUCAAAGCUGGUCACCAAGAAAUAGGUUUUAAAUGCAACAAAUAUCCUCUUCCUUUCAGUACCAGUUAACCGCAAAAAUGUUCUCUGUGCCUUUGGGUUUAUGGUAGCUGAUAAUUGCAUAUGGCUGUUUUUUCGUUUAUCUGUUUAUACCUAUUUGGGUUUGUUCACAAUCAGGGUGAUUCCUAUUUUUCAAAUCAAUAUAUUUGUACUUCGUGUCCUGUUCACUUCAUUGAAACAUUUUGUACAUGUUUUCAAUUUUAGAUAUAAAGCAGAACCAAACUUUUAAGUGUGUGAAUGUGUGAUGGUCGUCUGGCUUGGUCAUUGUGAUUGGUUGUUUCAUUGUGUAUGUGUCUUUUCCUUUUUUGUGGGUGAAUAAGGUGACGUGUUUGACUGCAUCAAACAGCUUAAAGUCUUCAUUGAAUUCAGGAGACCUAAACCGCCUUUCGUGAACUAAGCUGAGAAGCUCAGCAGUCAUAACUGCAGUAAAACUCCACUUCCAGUAUAUCUGCAAGUGCCUUCUAAAUGCACCACAAUGGGGUGAGGAAGCACCAGAAAACAAGACCAUCAUCAGUUGAUUUAACUAUGACAUUAGAUUGAGAAGGUUUGUGAAAUGAAUUAUCUGGCCAACAAUGGCAAAUGAACCCAGUAACUAAGGGUUCAGUAGAUAACUGGAAUGACUAUAAUGGAAUUAAACUACCGGACAGCCAGGAAAACGAUGGAAAGUUUGUGAGGACUCUGUCGAUAUUGGAACAAAUUAAGUUCAUUUUGCUCCUAAGUUUAUUUCAGGUUUCUUUUAGAAACUUCUAAGAGUUAGGCUGUCAGUGUUGGUGAUGGCUGCUGCUUUAUGCUGAGUGGAUGAAUAUGUAGAGACUGCUAAUCUGUGAAUGCAACUUUCCUGGAACUGCCCGCGUAGUGGGGUGUAAGUGCAUGGAGAGGGUAAUGGGGUCUUUGACAUCACUGCUGUAUGCUGUCAAAGCGAAAGCGUCGACUGAGCCACACGCGCAGUGCCUCCUUACAGCAUGCCACAGCGUGUGGUACUACAGCGUGUGCUACUACACCGUUACACUGGGAAUUUAUGUUUUAUACAUUUUUUUAAAGAAACAAAAGUUUUGUAUAAAUAACUAACAUUGAAAAUGAUUUUUAUAAAUUAUGCCUAAUAAAAUGGUCACUUUAAA